UUGACGAUCAUUAUCACAAACACAUGGUAGUGAAAGACACUAGAUCUUUGGAGCCAGAGCUGGAGCUGUAAUGACUACAAUAAAGAGCCAGAAGUACCAUAACGCCAUUGCUUACAACCCUGCAAGACAUGGGCAGAGUAGACAGGUCAAACAAGCUGCAUCAGUCAGCCUCGGAGGUCUGUGUGGAAGGUGCACGGAGAAAAUAGCGUGGAGAAAAAAAUAUGACAAAUACAAACCUUUAACUGUUCCAAAAAAAUGUACUUUGUGUGAGCAAAAGACGGUGAAACAAGCGUAUCAUCAGCUUUGUCAGCCUUGUGCUGAAAUGAAGGGUGUGUGUGCCAAGUGUGUCAAGAACACACACAUUGUAGAAAGUUUUGCUCCAGACAAAAGCCAGGAGAUAAGAGAAGAGUCUCAGUACAGAAGUGGACUAAGGACAAUGAAAGAGAGAGAAAGAAGGACUCUCCUGAGAGAGCAAGCGAAAGGAACAGUCCCCUCUCCUAAGAAAACAGUUGUGGACCAUUCAUUAGACGACCAAGAAGACCAAUAACAUUUUUAACUGAUAAAUUAUGUGUUUGUUUACUCAUCAUGUGCAAUUAUUUUCAGUAAUUGGACUGUGAUAAUCUGUGUUAUAAUAAUUGA